AUUCGCUCGGAAUAUGGGUGGCAAGAGUAUUGGCAAUAUCAGGCAGAAGCAAUCGAAGCGCUAAAUGCAGAGCGAAAAUUCACUAACAAAAUUGACGAUUGCAGCGGCGCGAAAUGGUACUCUCUGAAGUACACAGUUUAUACUCGUGAUUCGAGUUGCUCGGACUGCUAUGAUUUCUGCCUACCAGACUAUGCGAUUCAACGACUGCAUAAAUAUGAAGACGAUAUGACUAUCGGGAUUCGGCGGCUAAACUGCUUUCGUUUAUAUGUUCCCGAAUGGGCCAAGUAUCAACCAACAGCUGACAGCCACGGUGGACAUUGGUCUUACCCAAAAAUCUCAUCUAAUACGCAAAGGGAUUCUUCUGGUAAUUGGGUCAGUUGGAAUCCUGGUGGUUAG